GCCUGUGUCCGGUGAUGCUAUCCCGACAACCAUGAGGGACCUGAAUCCACCGGCCAGCCCGGCCACACCUAGCAACGAGACUACAUCACUGUCGGUAUCUGAUGAUGACAUCAUCCAUGGCUUCAAGAAGUUAUUGUGCGAGAUGGAUCACCUCAAUAAAACGCAAAUACUGGAAAACAGUGGAGUGCCCUACUGCAACGCCUCGCACGAUAGGCUGACGUGCUGGCCGCCAACAGAAGCUGGUCAGAACGUGAGCAUGGAUUGCCCUCCAGGUGCAUUGCCAUUUAAAGCGACUCGUUUCUGCCUGGAUACGGGGGAAUGGGCUGCUUUUACGCAUUACAAUGACUGCCACACAAUCAAUAUGCCGGUGGCGCCACCGAGUCCUACCUUCUAUCUGGCUCUGCGGUACGUGUACCUGAUCGGGAUCACCCUCUCACUCGUUCUCCUUCUCAUCACCCUCUUCAUCUUCUGCUACUUCAAGGCGUUGCAGUGCACGCGGAUCGCAAUCCACAAAAACCUCGUAGUAUCCUUCAUCUUCAGAUACAUCUUUAUGAUAAUACAACUACAGCCUCUUCUGACCAUGGACUACAGCACUGAAAUCAGGUUAAGCUCGUCCAAUCUUCAAGAGAACAGCCAAAACAACUUCGUACUCCAUAAAGUUCCAGGGUUUUGUCGCUUCAUCUUGGUACUCCUGGAGUAUUUCAUCAUGGCCAACAUGUACUGGAUGUUUGUAGAAGGUCUCUACCUGACCAGCCGGAUUGCUGUCGCAGUCUUCAGCACCGAGUCCAACUUCAAAGUAUACCUGGCCAUUGGUUGGGUUUCUCCGUUGCUGUUUGUCAUCCCAUGGGCUAUUGUAAUGAGUUAUGACAGUAUUUCACCCUGCUGGCUGGAUCAUCUUGAUAACCCAUACAUAUGGACCCUCAGAGCACCUCUUAUAAUCGCAAUAUUGAUCAACACUCUAUUCCUCAUAAACAUCAUCCGGAUCCUCAUUACCAAGUUACAAGCCAGUAACACCAUGGAGACGAACCAAAUGAGGAAAGCGACGAAAGCUGUGGCCGUCCUGUUCCCAUUGCUCGGUCUGACCAAUCUCAUCUUCUUUUGGAAUGUGAAAAGUGAGAACGAGGCCGUAGAGAAAGCUUUCAUUGCCACCAAUGCUGUUCUACAGUCAACGCAGGGUGUUUUCGUUGCGGUGAUCUACUGUUUCUUGAAUACAGAGGUUCGGAAGUUGGUCAAACGCAGGGUUCUCGCUAGCCUUGACGAGUACGGUAAACGAACUCCUCGUCGAAGCCACCAGUACCACACCACCAACGGCUCGUGCGGAGUGCCAACGACUUCCGAGGUCGUCAUGGCGGUAUCGUAUCGUCGAAGUACGCAGGAUCAAUCAACGAUAGCUGACCCGGAUCAAUACACCGAAAUGAAACCGUUUACUUCCGAGUGCGGCGAGAGUUGAGCAUAGGGCCAUGCCUUUGGAAAAACUGAUAAAAAAGUUUGUGCGAUUGAACAAUCUCGAUGUUUUAAGGAUCAAGUGCUGCUCCCGAAAGGUAUCCCGUGCCAAAUAGUUGUUUGUAAGGCGGUGCACCAGUGCAACGGAACGCUAUAAAGAAAGUAUGUAAUUGUGAUAAAACAUUGGCUGCAUUGAGUGAGGUUAUCUGUACAAAUGCUGGAUUAACAGAACCGCGUGUGUCGUACAAGGAUAAAGUAUAUUAUGAGUACCUUGAGCCGCGCUGGACGCCAUUUUGUUUUUUAUGACAGCUGAACGAUUGAUGACCAUUACGGAUUGAUUAUUCGUAACUCAGUUAUCACGAUUGUUAUUCAACUUGUUUAAUGUUGAUUGUGAUGUAUAUUGCCAAUGAUGCCACUUUACAUGUCUUAGUAGUUUUCUUCUUAAAUUGUUUAUGUGAUUAUCAUGUUUGUGAUAUAUUGGUAUUAAUAAUGGUUAAACAUUCGUAGAUUGUGAUUUGAUAUGAAAUGACAUGGAUUGGCACCUUAUUUAAAAACACUAGCUAUAAUUCAUUUUGAAGAUAGAAAAAGUGAUCUAAAACAGAAGGAGCAAUAUGGAAACACACAUUUGAGGAUUUCUUUUUAAAGGGUUACCAUUAAAAUGGCUUGUUUGUAUUAGGUCCACGGUUCGUCAUUCGUUUAAAAAGUAUUAAUCUAGGAUACAAAUUACAGUACUCGUAAACUCUGUCUCCCUUUAAUAUGGUCUUAAAAAGUGACUUUAAAUGACAGCGGAUAUUUAGUCUAGUGAGAAUAAUAUCUUUUCUUGUAAGGGGGUAGUAGAGGCAAGUGCCUCUCCGGAGCAUUUUGCUACGAGUAAUGUAUUUGUUGAAUCCCAUUCAAAUCCUAAAGAUAAUUCGCUCAUCCUACCCCCACCUCCCCCCCCCCCCUUCCAUCUCUCUAAACAGGGGAGUGAGGGCACAUUAUUUGGCAUCCAAUCUGGACGUAGGUAUUUGAGAACAUUGAGGCAUUUUAAUCGUA